AAUAAUAAUACAAUCAAUUUGUGUGACAAAGAGAUUGAUAGCAAUGAUUACAAAAUAAAUAUUGAGUGCAAUCAUAAAAAAGUUUGUACACUAUUUGGAUAUGAAUUUCGUGCAAUAAAGUGGUCAAAUGUGAUAUUUUUAUUGAGCUUACACAUCACGGCCGUUUAUGGCUUUUACCACGGGCUCACAAAUGACGUUACGAUGUUUACCGCUAUAUUUGUUUCUUUAAUAUCCAUUUUCUCUGGUCUGGGAAUGUCUGUCGGAGGGCACAGACUUUGGGCACAUAAAUCAUUCAAAGCUCGGUUUCCUCUAAAACUAUUUCUACUUAUACUGCAAACGACAACAUUCAACGGCAGUGCUCUGGCCUACGCUCGCGACCACCGGACACACCAUAAGUGGACAGAUCAGGAACAGGACCCCAAGAAUCCGAGUCGAGGCAUGUUUUACGCGCACAUCGGUUGGUGG